CUCGCCAAUCACGGAUGAGUCGAAAAUCUGCCUUAAACGAGAUGUGCCCAAUUAUCCGAAGUACACCCUAUCCCAGGAGACAGUGGACUACCUCAAACAACCGACAUUUGACAUUUGGCACUGGGAGCCCAAUGAGAUGUUGAGCCUGCUAGAACAUAUGUACCAGGAAUUAGGCCUUGUCGAAGAGUUCAACAUUAAUCCUACUACACUCAAGCGCUGGCUGCUGUGUGUCCAAGAAAACUACCGCAACAACCCAUUCCACAACUUCCGACACUGUUUCUGCGUGACACAAAUGAUGUAUGGGAUGAUGCACUUGUGCAAGCUCUGGGAGAGAAUGGGAACUGAGGAUCUGGGCAUCUUACUGACAGCAGCUGUCUGUCACGAUCUGGAUCAUCCUGGGUACAAUAACACAUAUCAGAUCAAUGCAAGAACAGAGUUAGCCAUCAGAUAUAACGACAUCUCUCCUCUGGAGAACCAUCACUGUGCGGUGGCCUUUCAGAUCCUCUCCAACCCAGACACAAAUAUUUUUGCAAAUGUUGACAAAGACACAUUUAAAAGAAUCAGAGCGGGUAUGACCAUGCUGAUACUGGCCACCGACAUGGCCAGGCAUGGGGAAAUCAUGGAAAGUUUCAAAGAAAAGAUCGCUGCCGGCUUCGACGACAAAAACAAAGAUCACCUGGACACGCUGAAGAUGGUCCUUAUCAAAUGUUGUGAUAUCUCCAAUGAAGUCCGCCCUACAGAAGUUUCCGAGCCCUGGGUCGACUGUCUUUUAGAGGAGUACUUUAAUCAGAGUGACAGAGAGAAGGUAGAAGGUCUGCCGGUGGCUCCGUUCAUGGACCGGGACAAGGUGACCAAGCCCACAGCUCAGAUUGGGUUCAUCAAGUUUGUGCUCAUCCCCAUGUUUGAAACUGUUGCUAGG